AUGGAGAGUCAGUUUCAUGCCCAGUUCUUUAGAGCUGAGCCUGAAGUGACAAUGGUGGAUUUGUCAAAAUUUAAACAAAGGCAAGGAGAAAGUGCAAAGCAGUACAUCGACAGGUUUAAGAAGGUAAAAAACAGAUGUCAUGUGUACAUGCGUGAAAUAGAAGUUAUAAGACUAGUCCAGAAAGGUUUAAAUUUUGAACUUAGGAAAAAUUUAGAAGGUGUGAUGUUUAAAGACCUAUUUGAGUUGUCUUCAACGGCAACUAGUUAUGAGGCCAUUCUUAGAGAAGAGCAACAAAGAAAUGCAGCCUCAUUAGGGACUUAUUACCAAGAGGUUGAGUUUGACACGGAUAUCGACAUAGAUAUGGCUCAAAUAAUAGGUAAAAAACCUGUGAUUUGUGAAACACUAAGGAAAGCUGGUAAACAUGUGAGCAUGCCAGCAACACAACUAGCCAAAAAGAAUGUGGCUAUGUCACAUAGGCAGUACUCUUUUGAUUUAUCAAAAGCAGAUGCAUUAUUUGAUGAGUUGUUAGCAAACAAGUUUUUAACUUUGACUCCUGGACACAAUAUUCCCAAAGAAAAGGACAGCUUUAGCAAGGAGUAUUGUAAAUGGCAUAAUUUUUUUAGGCAUUCCACUAACAAUUGUGUUACAUUUCAGAAUUGUGUGCAGGACUUAAUUCAAAAAGGAAUAUUGAAAUAUGCUAAAAAAGAUAAAGGGGUUAUGGCAAUCGACAGUGACCUAUUCCCAAACAUGGUGAAGAUUAACAUGGUAUCAACUAACUUCCAGUCAAUUGAUCAAAAGAAGAAGGACAAAAAUCCUAGAGUUCUCUUGGUAGAAUUAGACAAGCUCCACAAAGAGAGGAUGAAGAAGAUGCCAAAAGAAGCAAAAGUUUAG